AUGCCCAUGCAUAUGUACAAAGAUGUACAGCUGUAUGCUCCAUUUGGCGUUCCUGAUGGCAAGGGCCUCGAAGUUCGCCCUCGCCCGGAGUUCAGAGCGUCGGUAUUGAUACUGAUUGAAAGAACGUCCGAGGUGCCUCAGCCUUGCGCGAUGCAUUUUUUCUUGGAACAACCGCAGCCGCAAUUCGAGCACAGGCGCGCGCCGCGCCUCAAAAGGGCAGAUGCUCUCCCGUGCGCCGCAUACAUCCGUGAUGUCGCGAUGCGCUGCAAUGUGAAUUACUACACGCACCCACGCACAGUGCGGGCCCUACGCAGCUGUGCAGACGACCACGCGCGGGACGUAUGCCCUACAUUCGCGUCCAACGUGUUGCAUUUCGAAUCCUUGCUGGACGAAGUUCGAGGGCAUCUGCCCCACUUCGCACCGCACACGCUUGUCGAAGCUCUCCACGUUCUGACACAUCCAUUUCCGGAUGCCAACCGGAUGGGACUAGAUGCUACUAGAUGGGACGACUUAAUGGAUCAUGAUACGACAACCAAGGCACUUGUCAAUGUGCGAUACCAGGGAGUGACCUGGAGUGACGGCAUGAAAAAGGCGCCACGGAAGGUCGGUUACCGCCUAGGGCCUUGGCGAGAUGGCCCGAACACCUACAGCGGUCGGUAUGGUUCCACCGCUACACUAAGCCGGUCUCACAAGAAUAGCCCCUCGCGAGGGAACCUCGGGCGCUGCGUCAAAGACAGGGUGGACCGCCCGGAGUGGUCGCAUGGAAAACAUCCCGAUAGCGUCUCACUGGGGGCAAGCGGAAAUACCCUCCACCAAGGAAGCCGAAAGGAAGUCGAGAAUAUGAGGUGUGCACAAUAUGAAGUUAUUGUGUGCCGUGGAGGUUCGAGCACGGGCAGGCCGCCCACGUUGGCAUGUUUUGGGCGAUUUGAAAAUAGAGCAUCGUUUGAUGGAUCUAUCAUGAUUCAUGCAGUUGUAUCUCAUCAUGUCGCGAGAAUCAAUUGGAGAGAUGCCAGUGGGAGCCGCAGCAUUGAUGGAUGGAACGGGUCGUCCAAGGGGAGUUGGACUGGAUGGGGACGAAUGAUUACCGAACGCCGAAAAGACUCACCCUGGCUGACAAGUGACUUAGAAUUGACGGAUUCAGACGGAAGGGAUGGCGAACGCGAGUGGGAUGACAGAGGAAUGUUAAAUUAG